CGAAAGUAGACGUUGCUGAGGAUACAAAGGCAAAGCAAAAAAAGAGCUCCAACAGAAAGCCUGCUUUAAAAAAGAAAGCAACAAUGAAUGGUAAAGUGUUUGUUAGACCGACAGUAAAUGCAGUUCCGUCGCUUAAUUGUUCAGAUGCAAAAUACAACUGUUGAUUGCAAAUUUUUUUUAGAAUUGACGCAAUCAAAAGAAAAUAAUCUACAAGAACUUAAUGAAAAUGAACAGAAAAAUCGCAAACGUGUUCAAAAUCUCUGUUGCACGUGCAAUAAGGAAUGUGAAAUAACAUCAAAAACAGCAGUGCUUUGUAGCAAAUGCAAACUAUGGUACCAUGCUAACUGCGAGGGACUCAAACCCAACGAAAUGAAAAUUCUGGAAAAAGAGUUCUCUCAAGACUACAUUUGCGAGACUGAUUGUGCAAACCAAAACGGCCAUUUUGAUUACGACUCGUCCAUAUCGCGGCUAGAGUCACGAUUACCUUCUGCUACGAAACUGGAAAAGAUACUCUUGAGGAAUUAUCCGCUAACCAGUGGAUCCAAAGUAUUCGAACUGGAUAUCGACGGCAAAAAGGAAGAUAAAAUUUCCAAAAACAUUCUUAGCAGUGUUGGUAAGAAUAUCAGUUUAAACAUAUAUAUGAAAACUAAAUGAAAUAAAUGAAAACGAACUUUUUGUUGUUUCUGCAGUGUCAGAAAUAAAUAUGAAACUAGUUUUUUUACAUUUCGUGCACUUAAAUUGGGUACGACUCGGCUACGGUAUCUUCUUAUUGGCUAUGAGUACUUACAGUUAAUCACUAUGGGAAGUAUUAACCUGUACAGAUAGCUGAGUUAGUUAUAGGUGGAUCCAACAAUAUCUUAUAUACAUUCUCUAAUUGUCUAAGAAACAGGUAGAGCAAGUGGCCGAAAACCUGCUUGGGUGUCAUCCAAAGGUACUAGCAGUCUUUUUGAUGCCCUAUCAGUUGCCACUUAUGGAGAUGAGUCGUGUGCGAAAGAGUUACACGUAAGAACGCGCAUAGAAUUGUCUGCUGGUAUGAAAUUUUACAAAACUGAGUACGACACAUCAGGUUUAAACAACAUAACUAAAGAUAAAGAGUUGCAGGAGUUCAAGGAGUUCAGGGAAUCAUCAUUGAAUUUUAUACAAGCAGCUGCAACAGUGCUCCAAAGAAAUAUCGAGUCCGUUUGUCCUGCAGUCAGUAAAAAAAACAAGUGUGUUGAAGUACUUAACAGACAGUUUAAACCGCGACGUAAAAUUGUCGGCGGUGAAAGUCGCACUGUUUACAUAAUGUGGACCAGCACGUCUCCGAAGCAGAAUGAAUCCUGGACCCCAAACCAUUUUGUUCCACUCCUCCAGGUUUGUGAUUCUAAAAUAGCUGCCAAGAGACUGGCUGAACUAAAAAAAAAGAUGAUCACACCAGAUCAUGAUCCAGAUAUGAUCAUAACAUUAAAGCCCAAUGACGAUGGCUACAAGAUGUUAAAGUAUUUUCCAGGAAAU